UACUUUAUCACACCACCACCGGAGGUCCUCUCCUGGUACUCCACCACGCUAGCUACCCUCACGGUCAUGGCUUCCCUUCUGUCCUCCUCCUCGGCGUCCCCUUCUCCUUCCCACCUUAAGGUCCUCUUCACAGCACUAGCCUUCGUCCUCUCCCUCCUGGCCCUUUUAGUCUUCAACAAGAACAAGAACAAGAACACGAAGAAGAAGAAGGCAGCCCUCAACCUGCCCCCCGGCCCGCCGGGUUGGCCUAUCGUCGGCAACCUCUUCCAGGUGGCGCUCUCCGGGAAGCUCUUCAUCCACCUGGCCCGCGACCUUUUCAAGGAGUACGGCCCCAUCUUCACCCUCCGCAUGGGCGCCCGUACUCUCAUAGUCAUCGGCACGGCGGAGCUAGCCCACGAGGCCCUCAUCGAGAAGGGCCAGCUCUUCGCCUCCCGCCCAGCCGAGAACCCCACCCGCACCAUCUUCAGCUGCGACAAGUUCACCGUAAACUCCGCCGUCUACGGCCCCGAGUGGCGCUCCCUCCGCCGCAACAUGGUCUCCGGCAUGCUCUCCGCCGCCCGCCUCCGCGAGUUCCGCCCCCUGCGCUCCGCCGCCAUGGACCGCUUCAUCGACCGUCUCCGCGCCGAGGCCGAGGCCUCCGACGGCGCCAUCUGGGUUCUCAGCAACGCCCGCUUCGCCGUCUUCUGCAUUCUCCUCGCCAUGACCUUCGGCCUCCACCUCGACGAGGACGACAUCGUCCGCAUCGACGCCGCCAUGAAAAAGGUCCUCAUGACCCUCAACCCCCGCAUCGACGACUACCUCCCCUUCCUCGGCUUCCUCUACUACAAACAACGCCGCCACGCUCUGCAGGUCCGCAAGGAACAGAUCGAAACCAUCCUCCCUCUCAUCGAGAAAAGAAAGGCGAUCCUCAAAGACCCGACGAUCGACCCUUCCGCCGCGCCAUUCUCGUACCUCGACUCGCUCCUCGACCUCAAGGUGGAGGGCCGCAGUGCCGCCGCACCCUCCAACGAGGAGCUCGUCACCCUCUGCUCCGAGUUCAUCAACGGCGGCACCGACACCACCGCCACCGCCAUCGAGUGGGCCAUCGCCCGCCUCAUCGAGGACCCGUCCAGGCAGGCCCGGAUCCACGGCGAGAUAAUAGCCGAGUGCGGCGAUCGCCCGGUCGACGAGCGGGACACCGAGAAGAUGGUAUACCUCCAGGCCUUCGUCAAAGAACUCCUGCGAAAGCACCCGCCAACCUACUUCUCCUUGACCCACGCGGCGAUCCAGCCAGCCAAGCUGGGCGGAUACGAUAUCCCGACCAACGCCAACUUGGAGAUCUUCCUGCCCACGAUAUCCGAGGAUCCCAGGUUCUGGUCGAACCCGACGGGGUUCAACCCGGACCGGUUCUUAACGGGCGGGGAGAACGCCGACAUGACGGGGGUCACGGGGAUCCGGAUGAUACCCUUCGGAGCCGGGCGGAGGAUAUGCCCGGGAUUGGGGAUGGGAACCACCCACAUCACGCUGUUGGUGGCGCGGGCGGUGCAGGCCUUCGAGUGGCGGGCCCAUCCCUCCCAGACCACGCUGGACUUUGGGGACAACGUGGAGUUCACCGUGGUCAUGCGCAGGCAUCUCCUGGCCAUGGUCAAGCCCAGGAAGUAGUACCAAAAGUUAUGCAGUCUGUGCGCGCUUUAGUCUCUUUCUUAUGGUAACACUUUAAGUCAUGCAUGCGUGCAGUAUGUCUAUUUAUGUGCGUGUCAUGGGAAAAAUACUGGCGUCAGUAAGUAUAAGGGUUUGUCUUUACCAAAAAUAAUAAUAAAAAAAAGGUCUUAGUUUGUCAUUUA